AUGGUUAUGCUCUUUUCUGCCCAACACUUGUUCUAUGGUUGCACUGAUAUUGGUUUUGCUCCUUAUGGUGCUUACUGGAGGAAUAUAAGGAAAAUUUGCAUACUUGAGCUGCUCAGCGCCAAGCGUGUCCGUUGGUACAGCUUCGUUAGAGAAGAAGAAGUUGCUCGCUUGAUUCGUCGGAUUGCGGGAUCUUGUCCUGGCAUCACCAAUCUAAGCUCGAUGAUUGCACUAUAUGCCAAUGAUGUUCUUUGUCGGAUUGCGCUGGGAAGGGAUUUCUCUGGAGGGGGAGAGUAUGAUCGGCACGGGUUCCAAAAGAUGCUUGACGAUUUUCAAGCACUGCUUGGAGGAUUCAGUCUUGGAGACUAUUUCCCUUCGAUGGAGUUUGUGCACAGUCUAACUGGAAUGAAAUCGAGACUCCAGUACACCUUCAGACGGUUUGAUCAGUUCUUCGAUGAGGUGAUAGCUGAGCACCGCAGUUCUAAGGGAAAACAAGAGCAGAAGAAGGACCUUGUUGACAUUCUACUUGAUAUUCAGAAGGAUGGAUCUUCUGAAAUCCCUCUCACCAUGGAUAACAUUAAAGCUGUCAUCUUGGACAUGUUUGCUGCAGGAACAGAUACCACCUUCAUAACCCUUGAUUGGGCAAUGACAGAGCUUAUCAUGAAUCCUCAUGUCAUGGAGAAAGCACAAGCUGAAGUACGAAGUGUUGUCGGAGACAGAAGGGUGGUGCAAGAGAGUGAUCUGCCCCGGCUGAACUACAUGAAAGCUAUUAUCAAAGAGAUCUUCCGGUUACAUCCUGCCGCUCCAGUUUUAGUCCCAAGGGAAUCUUUAGAAGAUGUUAUAAUUGAUGGCUACAACAUUCCAGCUAAAACUCGGAUUUAUGUCAAUGACUGGGGAAUGGGGAGGGAUCCAGAACUGUGGGAAAAUCCAGAAACUUUUGAACCAGAAAGAUUUAUGGGCAGCGGUAUAGAUUUCAAGGGGCAAGAUUUUGAGCUGAUACCAUUGGGAGCAGGUAGAAGAAGCUGCCCAGCGAUCACAUUUGGAGGCGCAACCGUUGAAAUUGCCUUAGCUCAACUCCUCCACAGCUUUGAUGGGAAGCUUCCUCCUGGUCUCGAAGCGAAGGAUAUAGACAAUCCAGAAGCUUUUGGCAUCUCAAUGCACAGGACAGUUCCCCUGCAUGCCAUUGCAAAACCGCACUUCGAUUGACGCAAGAAGUGUCUGGAUUUAAUUAGUCUGUCAACUAGAAUCUGUAAUUUUCUUUCCGAAUAAAAGUUACUACUUGUGGUUUGCUUAUAAAAGAAAGCAUAGCUUGGGCACGACUUAACCCCUGCCUUAGUCCUUGCUGCUGGAACUUGGACCCUCUUCCACUGCAAUACUUGGAAGAAAUCCAUGUAAAACUAGUCCCAUCAAGCUUAUUCCACAUACCCAACUUCCCUUAGUGAAAAAAUCUUUACUUUUCCUUC